CCCACAAACUCCCUUCUCCUUCUUUCUUCGAUGUCGCUCCCAGCAGUGGCCGUCUCGGCACCAGGCAAGGUCCUCUUCGCGGGCGGAUUCCUGGUCCUUGACCGCCGACAUACGGGGCUUGUGUUUGGUCUCAAUGCCCGGAUCCACGUAGUCGUCCAGCCGUGGCGAGACGACGCGCCCGACGCGCUGAGCGGGCCGCAUGUCCUGGUGCAGUCGCCGCAGUUUGUCGGCGCGAAAUGGCUGUACCGAGUCGACGGCUUCGCCGAGGGAGGAGCGGACGGAGCGGUCACGGUCGAGCAGGUCCGGGAACCAGAAGGGUCCGGCUUCACCGCGACUCCGAACCGAUUCGUCGAGACCACGUUGCGAUAUGCGCUGACGUAUCUCUCGCACGCGGCCGGCGCGCACGAUGUCUCGAGGAGCGUCAAGGUGACGAUAUUGGCGGACAAUGAUUAUUACUCGCAAUCGCAGUCUCAGGCUCAGGCUCCCCAGUCCGCACCGGCCAAGUCGGCGAGGUUUACGAGCUUUGGAGUCAAGUUGAGCGAUGCGCACAAGACCGGGCUGGGGUCUUCGGCGGCGUUGGUCACGGCGUUCGUCUCUGCACUUCUCGCAUUCUACUCAAAGAAGGAUACUGUUGGCGAGGGAUCGCAGCUGAACCAUCAAACGAUCCACAACCUGGCCCAGGCGGCACACUGCGCGGCUCAGGGGAAAGUCGGCUCAGGCUUCGAUGUUGCCGCGGCGGUUUACGGGUCUUGCCUCUAUCGACGGUUUACACCUGCGAUUCUAGAGAAUGUGGGCGAACCUACGAGUGCUGGGUUCGGCGAACGAUUACACCGCUGUGUGGACGAUUUGGACUUGGACGCCAAAUGGGAUGUCGAGAUUGCGAGUCAGGCCGUGCAAAUUCCGGAGAGCCUCUCACUGGUCAUGUGCGAUGUGGACUGCGGAUCAGAGACGCCGGGGAUGGUGAAGAAGGUCUUGCAAUGGCGCAAGGAGAACGUUGAGGAGGCGACGUUACUGUGGACUGCGAUACAGCAAGGUCAAGAGGAACUGUGCCGGGAACUGAGGCGGCUGGUCGAGGUCCAAGGAAUCGAGGAUGAUUUUACAGCAUUGGGGGACAUCAUUCUCACCAUCCGAAGUCUUGUGAGGGAAAUGUCGGUCAAAUCCAAGGUGCCAAUAGAACCCCCGGUGAUUACCGAGUUGUUGGAUUUCUGCACGAGCUUGCCUGGGGUGGUGGGAGGAGUUGCGCCGGGCGCAGGAGGCUACGAUGCCGUCUCUCUGCUCGUGAAAAACGACGUCGAAACCCUCAAGACCCUACAAGCCAGACUGGAGGGGUGGAAGAGCCAAGACGCGAGCGGAGCGACCAUCGGGCACGUCAGAUUGUUGGGCGUAAAGCAGGACAACGAGGGCGUCCGAGAGGAGGACCGGGGGCAGUAUGCGGCGUGGCUGUAGAAAGUGUGCUGUAAUCAGACCUCAGAACAAUGUCAUCAUCCCGCACCUCACCACCGGUACUUUUGGGAAAUAGGAACAGGAACAAGGGACAAGCACCAAAGGCAAAAGAGAACGGAGCGGGUGGUCUGAUACACAUGCGAGAGGAAAGUGUCCGGUACCGGGUUGUGAGGUUGCAACAACUGCGGAUGAUGAUUAUUACGAGUUGGUUGAGUGGCGGAUCACAAGUGUGGGAGAGGGACGAGGCGGAUAGAGCAGGAGGGCUGGAGGGAGCCGGGAGGGUCACCCGCUUGGAGAGUUCAGGCCUAAAGUUUCUCAGGUACGGACGGAGUGCCUCGUGUUCAGGUAUAGGGAGACCUAGCCUGGUUCUAGGGCCUAACUACUUGUAGAUGCUGCUACUGUCACUGCAGGAGCCAGCCCCCGACCGACCCGCACUGCACCUAGCGAUAUAGCCGACGGGCCCCCAUUGCAAUAGGCACCCCCAUCCCUCUAGGUAGG